UUAAAUUUAGUAAUUAUAUUGACAGAAUUAUUCUUCAAUCUUGCAUUAAUUUCAGAACUAUCAUGCUUAAACUUUCUUUAUUGCUCAGUAAUACUCUGCAUUGAUGAUGGCUUGUAUUUGCCUUGAUGUCCCUGAUUAAUGAUUGGUAAUUCAAUGAGCCAUCAUUGAUCCAUUGAUCCAGGGCUCAGGGUAUCCAACCCCUUCAUUGUUCAUUGCCCUUUGUUCAGCUUUUAAAAAUCUAGAAGUGAAGUUCUAAUUUGCAACAGUCCAUGUUGCGUUAAACUUCUGUCAACAGCAUGGACUUGUAUGUUGAGCUUCUUAAACAUUUGACUGCUCCUUUUAUGCUGUCUGAGAGAAGCUACUAAUUCCGAAUGGCCUCGGCGUUAUUCACCUUUCGUCAAAAAGUUCAGUACAACAGCUGUACCACGAGCUACCACACAACACAGCCGCUCCACCUCUCAGUUUCUAUCCGUCCAAUAUCGGACGCCUGCGGCAUAUCAUAAGAAGCAUGUUGCCACUCCUGUUGAACAUCAAAAGAGAGCGAUUUUGCAACAAAGUUGGACAAUAGCCCAAGCAUCUCACUGUUUGCUUGAUCGAGCUCUUCCCAAUACUAGUAGUUAGCUAUCUGUCUCGAAUCUCGGAUGGUCGUACCAAUCCGCUCAUCCCACAGUUGCCGAACCUGAAGCUCACAAAUUGGUCCCCCAAUGCUCUUUGAUUGCGAAUUUGAAGCUCCUUCACAAAUCUUUUGCUCUCGUUGUCAACAGACACACACUCAGGGAGAUGAACUUUGGUGGUGAUGACAACGGGCCGCAGCGUCCAAUUGUUGGCAGCGACUCGCUCGAUCAAAAGAUUGUAUCCGGUCCCAGUGCCCUUGAGAGACGAUCAAGUAGAGGUUCUAGCGCUGACGGCGGCGAUACCAUUGAUACCGUCCACGAUGCAGAUGUGCUGUGUGGGAGAGGGAAAUCAAGUUUCAAUCAUCCCGGAAACAAAAGGUUCAGAGACCUGAUCACCUCUUCGAUCCAAGAGUAUGAUAGGGCGGAUUCGAGGUUAGAGAAGUCUCUGGUAGUUCACUCCAUCGUAGAGGGUAUCCGGAGCGUGGGAGGCAGGUUUUUGAAAACAGACCAGGAUACGGGAAAGUGGACAGAAUUGGAUGACCGUGCAUGUAGAGAAAAGGUUGGCCAUGCAAUCAGGGAUGCUGCUACGAUAAGUCAAACGAGACGGCAAAGGAAAAAGCAGAUACAGUCGCAAACGUUUGGAUCGUCGAGAUUCCUACAACCUCGUGGACCUACUGCAAGGUUCACGGAAAUGAAAAUGGAUACCCCCGACCCGGUUUGUUUCCAUGAUAUGGUGUCCUUUUCCAACAUGAUGAGUGGUCCACGAAUGUUUCCACCGCAUGGCUCUUCAAGACUUCCUCAUGGCCCAUUGGUUGGCAGUGCAUCAAUGGAAGCCACGUUAUUCCCGUCAGGACAAGGACAAGUUCAAGGCCCUGUAGUGGGCUCUUAUUCAAGGGCGGGAAGUGGGACCUCAUCACCGCCUGAUGACGCGAGUUUCCUGGCACAAAUAGACGAGGUGCUGGGUCCCAUGUCUCCCAGCAGCCUGGGUUCAGACCCAUUGGCCGACCUUCUGAACUUGUCGACGUCAUGACAUCUCUGCCAUCCAGAGAUUUGUUCCGCGUCACGUUGCUAGAUCCAACCAAGCCCAUUUUUGAACGCUAAAGUUUCCUCGUACUUCCCUUCCUACAUACAUACCGGUAGCGUGUACCGCUACCUGCACUUCAAACCGAGCAUCCAAAGGAAACUAGUCGCGGAGAAGAAGCCACCACAGCGUACAUACUGAUAUGAUAUUACAUACCGGUACAUGCACAUAGCACUGUUGAGCUUCUUUCCAAUAAUGUAUAUUCAGUAUAAGUUGACUCGACUAGAAUAUUUCGAUACAGAUUUCUUCU